AUGCCCAGUAGUACUCCACAACCUGCCGUCUACUUCUUGAUAGUGGUGGUGACUUCCAUUCUUGUGUCUGUAUUUUGGAUAGAAUUUCUUUCAGGAUUUAAAAAAGAGAUAAAGGCAUUCAAAUUUAUUAACAAAACUGCCAAGAAAAAUUCAACUAAACCUAUGAGUCGAGCAAUCGAGUCGAAAAAGAAUUCGACGCACGUGAUAUUAAUAUACAAUGGGCACUAUUUAAAAUUAUUUAUGGAACAUUUUCGGAAAAAGAAAUGUUCACUUGUAAAAAAUUGCAUCGUUACUGACAAUGUAAAGGACAUCAAUAAAAGCCAUGCUGUUAUAUUUACUCAUUCAAAUUUACCAAGAAAGCCACCAUUUAAAGGAACAAAUCAAUUUUGGAUAUUCCAUGCUAUGGAAACCGUGCAUUACACCCACAAACCACCGAAACAUUGGGAUGACAAGUUUGAUUUCACGAUGUCUUUUCGAAGGCACUCAGAAGUACUUAGAUCUUAUGGGAAAAUUGUUCGCCGUGAAAAGGAAUUAAUGAGAAACUACAGUGAAGUGUUUCGAAAGAAAAAGUUGGGGGCAGUGUGGAUGUCGGGCCAUUGCCCUGUUCCUUCAAAGCGGAAAGCAUUAGCACAGGAGUUGGGAAAAUAUAUGCAUGUUGACCUCUUUGGCUCGUGUGGUACACGGUCUUGUGGAGGCAGAACUACUCUUUUAAGUGAUUGUUUGAAAAAUGUGUCUCGAGAUUAUAAAUUUUACUUAGCUUUUGAAAAUACGAUAUGUCCUGAUUAUACCACAGAGAAAUUAUUCAAUUUGUUUUUGUAUGACCUUGAAAUCGUCCCAGUAGUAAAUGGACCUUCCAAUGCAGCCAAAUAUAUACCCAAUGGGACAUUCAUUAAUUAUCAAGAUUUUCCAUCGGCGUCAGAACUUGCUAAAAAGUUGAUAGAAAUCGGAUUAAAUGAGGAAAAUUACACGAAAUAUCUCAAAGAGAAAGAUAAAUAUCGUGACAUAGGUAAUGGGGAAGUUUUUUCCGAUGCAAUGUGUCAGUUAUGCGAUAAACUUGCAAAUAAUCUGACAAGAAAUUCCUCCCAAAACUACUGGACAUGGAUGUUAAAAAAUAAAUGUUGAAAUAAAUUUUUGUCAGGAACUUUACGUUUUUCGUGGACCCCCCCCCCCCCCCCAUAAUUAUGCUAGUAUUUUCAUCAAUAAUUAAUAAUUAUGUAUGCAUACAUUUUUAUUUGCAUAUGGUAUAAUCUGAGAGCUAGGAAAAAAGAGAGAUGUAAAAUGCGAUGGUUUCAAAUUUGCAAAUCUUACUGAUUCAUUUUUCAUAAAAAAAAUUUAUUAUAUUAAAGCUUCCUUUUUUAUGUGUAACCCCCUUCCCCAACCAAUACCACACAUGUAAUUGUAUGUUCAGACUGAGCCAAGGACUUCUAUGAGUUUUACUGUUGUAAUUGCACAAUUAUAAAAAUAGUGCCUGUUUGGGAGGGUAACAGUUGAAAUGGACAC